UGUAGUAGGUAGUAGUGGUGGAGGAAGUGCUGGUGCUGGGAGUGGUAGUCCCGGUGAGAAGAACAGGUGUCCCAAGAAAUACAAUGAAAAAGAGAACGAGCAGUGUAAAAAAGAUGAACUCAAGAAAGAAGGAAAGGUUUGCUACGGCGGGUACCACCUGGAAGUGUCCAAGUUUGGCCCCCUCCAUGGGAUGUACGCCAAUGGGCUCUUUGGCUUUGACAUGGAGGGCUCUGCCGCCCAGUGCCUGGACCAACUGAGGGUAUAUGUAUACCACUGCUUCUACCAGCUCUAUUUCCUGAGGAAGCAGUGUAGUACGGGAGUGGUAGAGAAGACAGUGCUGGGCUGGCAGAGUUGUAGGUAUGGUAAGGGUGUGAGUGGAACCGGUACUGAGAAGUGGAUAUGUGAGGCACCAGGUGCGGGAAUUGGAGAUGAACAUACCAAACAGUGUGGACUACCGAGUGCUGCUGGUAGUAAAGACUCACCACUGAUGUCGUUCCUGUGUGAUACAUUAGGACCAAUGAGGUGCCAAAAAACAGUAGGAAAGAGCCCCGACAGUGAGACAAAUACAUAUCCCGAAAUUGAUGCUCAUAUGAACAAGACAGUAGAUUCUAAAGGGAUAGAACAACCGGCACACAUGCAAUACCCUCAGUUAUGCUCUGUUCCCAUGGGCUGGCAGUCUGAAAUUAAAACCAGUGGUGAUAACCACUUCAAAGAUUUGAACAAUGGCACGCACAAGACAGAGCAACUUACAGGAGCAGGCACUGCCACUCACUAUCCUGCCCACUGCACUGGGAAUACACUGUCGUUACUCCUGGAGUACUACUGUGACCCCGAAAAGUGCCAUGGCACCCUAGUGGUACUACUGAGACUACUGGCAUGUAUUACUCCCACAGUGCCACGGACUCUGGGUGACCUCUUUGGGUUCUAUUACUAUAUAGUGAACAUGGCGGAUCAAUCAAAGGGCUUCGUUGAGGGUGUAUCUGGUAAAUAUGACCGCGGAGCUGGUGCCUAUGUUGUUAUUAAGGCCAUCACUGCUAGUGUGAAAGAUUCUAUCAUGGGACUGGGUUAUGAGCAUUCACUCAAGCAUUCACUGAGUAAUUGGGGUGGUAAUGGUGGUAGUAGUACUGGAGGAUGCAAAGGCGACACCCUUAAGUGCCUAACAGAGUGUGAUAGAGGUAAUGGUGCCAAAUACCUCUCUCCCCUUAGUGGCCAGCAGUAUGGCCAGUUGAGUCCCUUGAUGGCCGGGACCUACCUGUCAUGGUUGGUCUAUUUGAUAGAGAAUUUCGAGGGGGGAUUACGAAGCCUAGAAAGCGCGUUUAAGGGGAUUAGUUGUAAGGAAUCAGAGUGCCGUACGGGUGGUCCGGGAGGAGCUGGUGCUGGAUGUGGAGAGUCGUGUAAAGCAGGAACACAUGGAAAUAGAGACACAUGCUGCUGCACCUCUGUCGUAUCAUGUACCGGGGUACUACCGGUGUUGUACAAGUAUGGCUUUGGGUAUGGUAAUGUAACGGAGUUGCACACUAAUGGAGGUCCGAAGAAAUGCGAUGCAUUCCUAACGACGCUGAAUGGCGUUAAAGAUAGCUCCCAGUUCAACAAGCUCGUUAAAGAAAUCAACCAGCUCAUCUACACCACCAGGCUCCCCUGGAUCUUUGUUCUGACCUUAGCCUGGCUAGUAGCGGUGCUGUACCUUGCAUUUGGUGCCCUAUGGCCACUGGACUGGACACAUAUGAGGUCGCAUUGUAGGGGAUGGUUCAGGAAGGGUAGUCUGAGUCCAUGGGAGAUACUGAUGGUGGGCAAGAAGAAGGGAAGGGGGAUACUAGAGUUUUUUGGUGGGAAGUAAUUGACAGGGGUAUUCAA